GUCUAGAGCGUAUACGCAAAGCAAAAAGAGCAUAUCAGAUUUUAGAAAAUAAAUGCAAAUCAAAAGGCAGAGAGGGAAAAAUGGCAUUUGAAGAUCUGGAAAGGGAAUCAGAUAAAGGUAGAGGUGGAAUGGACAUGCUUCUAAAUGCGGCCAACACUCUAAAUUAUGAAGAGAAGUUGGCUGCUGCUCAGACGAAGAGUUAAAAGAGAUUCUGCUAUUUGGAAGAUGACAAGAUUCAAAAUUUAUGGGUUUUCAUUACUCCAUUUGAUGUUGAUUUUAUACGUGUAUCUCCAAGGAACAAGACUUUAUUUGCAGCGCAUUUUUGCAUUUUGUUCAGGUCAGAGGAAUUAUUUUGGUAGGUAGUAGGUUUCAUUCGAUCUGGAUACAUUCUUCAGAGCAAAACAUGAAUCUAGAGAGCUGUAUAUUGUAGUUUGAUCUCCCCUUUAACCUUGGGACCAGAAACAGGUUCGGUGGAAACAAUCCUUCCAACAGGGAGUGCUACUUAAAUCUGUUGCUUGAUUUGUACCAUGAAUGAAAGUAAAAGGGUCUGAGAAGCCAAUGUUUCUUGGCAAGAUUGUUGUAUAAUAGAGAACUCCUAACAGGAAAGAGCUGUAUUUUUCU